AUGUCAAAAGAGGCAUUCAGCCAGGUCAGCCAAUACAUCGUCUACUUGCGCCGUAACAAUACUCAUAAUUAUGCAGGAUAUAUCCGGACCCUGGAGCUGGCCUUGACAUGGCUGUUUCAAAACACAGAUUGUGAAGCUGUGCUCAACAAGAAGCUUGCACAAGAAGGAACCUCUUCGGUGCUCUUCGGUCGCGAUACCAAAGAGUCAAACAGAUUACACAAGAGCUGGAGGAGAAGCAGAUUUUGCAAAGACGUGGACAAAUUAUUGUCAGGCGAACAAUUAGGGCCCAGCGAUGACCCAUCUCCACGAAGUGAUGACGAGGACAGCGAACCCGAAGCCGAGCAGCCUGGCCUACAAGACCAGAUUUCCGUCCUGCCCCAGGAGGACGAGGUCUCACCCAGCGCACACUUCGCCUCUCCUCGUGUACCUCUUUCUAUCCAACAAGGAACAUUGAUCCCAUCUAAAGCUACUGAGCUUCCAGCUUCAAUCCGCCAGCAACCGGUAGCAGCAACGCCUUUGCCAGGUAGCACGUGGCGGUUGUUGGAAAUCUACUUCGCUUAUACACAAUCUUGGCUUCCGAUUUGUGAGAAACACGACCUGUUAAGAGUUUCAUACUCUUACCCGGAAGCCGGCCUUGUACUCUCCGGGAGCGAUCUUCCCAAUCACGGAGACCAUGCAGAGCUUUGGAGUGUCUUGGCUGUAGCAGCCCAUCAAGAAAGGAUGCUAACUCAGGAGCAAGAACGGGACAUACUGCAAGACCCCGCGCGGUUGUAUAGCGUGGCACGAAGCUUAAUCCCUACCGAGUCUGAUUCCUUCGCCGUCGGCCACGUUAGAGCCCUCCUGAACCUAGCAGUGGUCAACCUAGCAUCGGGGAACACGGAAGUGGCAUGGCUGCUGGUCGGUUCUGCGUCAAGGAUCGUCAUCAUGAUCGAAAGGUCUUCACAAAUCAUCCCAACUAGAUGGAAGCACCUUCUUGCCGGUUGCUUCAUGCUAGACAGCUUCCUGUCUAUACACUUGCAACGGCGUCCAUACCUUCUCAGAUCCGACGUUAUCAGAUCUGGGUCUGUAGAAGAGGACGGGCUCGAAGAAUGGCAGCCGUGGAACGCCCCGCUUAAUAGCUCCUCUAGCAUAUUCUCGAGAACGCCUGCCCUGAGUCUCAGUAGCUUUAACAAACUCACAGAAAUCGUCGAGAUACUUAACAUGUGCAACCUUGAUGGGGCUACAAAUCCACCGUCAACUCCCCAGCAAAUACUACACCAGCUUGAAUCCUGGAAGGCUUCACUGUCAACGAAAUUCAACUACAUUAGCGACGAGUUGAAAGCCACACCUCUCAAUCCUCCAGCGAUACUGCUCCAGCUUACCUACCUUUCUUGCGUAUCGUCGCUUCUCACGUCUCCCUCACAUAUGCAACGCAUGACGGAAUUACUCACACAAUAUCUGGCUCAGCUUGGAAUCGCCGCUAUGCCGCCAAUUGUGCUCUGUCUCUUGGCGCACGUACAGGCAAAUCGCAUGUUCGGUACACUGGAUCCAAGGCUACAGUCUUCUAUUCGUAACUAUGAAGCCGACGUCGUCCGAGCAUGGGCAGCUACUCGCGGUCGAAGAUCAGCGCCUACACCUGUUGUGCCUGCGCAGACCAGAGCAAGCGGAGCUGCUUACCAGAUACCCACCCCGGAAUCAAUUCAGGUGCCUUUCAACCCAUCUUACACGCCGCUCGAGAAUCCUCCCCGUGUCGACCGUCCAAGAGCAAGCGCGUCUCUCCUAGAUGAUCUACUUCCGGACAUGAACCCUGCUAUCUCAGCAGCCCACCGUCCGCCUACCAAGCAAGGAUUCAGGAUGCCAUCAGCAGAGGAAGAUCCUCGCCGGCCCUUAUUACGCCAUCGUAAUUCGGCAGCAUCUAGAGAUCUCGAAACAUUCUUCGAUGAGCUGGCAUCGUUGGACGGUGCAGAAAUGGUGGACAACCAACCCCAGUUCAUGCAAAAUCUAGGCUUCGCGCCAGAUGCAAAUAUGGCCGAUUUCCUCGCAUUAGAACUUGGACAAUACAUACCAGCAAACUCAAGCACGUUUAUGCCGCAAAAUAAUGAUCCGACACAUCUUGAUCCAGCUUUCUUCGAUGGAACUUGA